AUUACCUACAUGGAUCAUUGAUGUGUUCAGGUAAUCCCCGGCCCUUACCCCCUUACCCCUUACCUACUGUAGUACCCAUACCCAUCUACGUACCUACUAGGUACCUACCUACCUAUCCGAUUGCGCCAUUGCCAACCACCAACCACCAAAGCUCGCAUCAAUUGUUACACAGUUCCGACCCCGCGGAUUUAUAAGCAGCACACCAUAGGUACCUACCUACCAGGUAUAAAGAGAUAAAGAGAUCCGAAAAGAAAGCACCUGGGCACUCUUCCACAACUUCUUCAAAUCUUAUGCUACCUAGCUACUUCUCUUAAGGGUACUUUCGUAGACUCCCCUCCCUGAGAAGUCCCAGGCUCAGUUUACACAUACCUGCUCGAUCUCUUUACAUAAUGUCAGCGCCGAAGGUCAAGCUGUAUACGAACCAUGGAUGUCCCUGGGCUCAUCGAGCGCAUAUCUCCCUCGCAGAGCUUAAGCUGCCCUUCGAAGAGGAGAUUAUCGACUUGUCCACUCCCCGGACUCCGGAAUAUCUGAAGAUCAACCCGCGGGGCCUGGUUCCAUCUUUAGAAUAUAACGGCGAGAUUCUCACCGAAUCGGCCAUCAUCUCCAAUUUCUUGGCCAAUGAAUUUCCCUCCCAUCUGAUUCCGCUGUCAAACGCACCCGGGGGCGCACUAUUUCGGGCGAAAGUUGACUUCUUCGUCGACACUUUCAUCUCCAAGGUGACUAGUAACUUCUUCAAGGCGCUGCAUGCCAAGACGGACGAGGAGGUAGAAGGGUUCGUCAAGGAAUACGUCGAUGCUGUUGUGAAGGAGAUCGAACCGCUCCUGGGUAACGCGGCGCCCUUUUUUAAUGGUAGCGACAAACUCACCCAGGCCGAGGUUCUGACGGGCUCAUUCGUCGUCCGCCUAUUCACCUUGCCCAGGCACGGCCUCUUUCCCGAGCACAUACUCGGUGAUCUAUCCACGAGGGCACCAAACUUCUACCGGUGGGGUCAGGCUGUUUCCAAACAUCCUAGUGUUCUAGUGAUAUAUGACGAAGAAGUGAUCGCUGCGAGGACGAAAGAGAGGUUGGCUAAAUUACGGGCAGCUUGAGCAAUUCUAGUAGCUGCUGUAUGCGCAUAGUUAGGUACCUACCUAUUUAAUCUACUGGUUUAGGUCACGCCUUUCGAGUUGUAGUGUACCCAAUUGACGAUGUGGAAUAAUUCGGAAUUAACAAUUGAUGGAGAAUUAGG